CUUUGUUCUCCCCUGUAGUGAAAUCCAGAAAGAGGGCUGUCAGCUUAAAAACGGCAUUUCUGCUGAAACAGUUUUUAACUUCCUUCUUGCUACAAGCACAACCCAAAGCUUAAAUAGGGCUGAAAGUUAUUGGAGGGAGGAAAAAAAUCUCUGUUUUUCCAACUGGGUACUUUGUGUAGUUGUUUAUCCUUUGUCACUUUGUUUCCUCUGUUGGUUAGUGGAACUUUCACAUAGGAACAAAAGGAGAGAAUAAUUUAAAAGAGGAAAAUGUGACUACAAAACUGCAACCACUGACAAGGGUGGAUGCAGUAGCACGUACUUCAUUUUUAAACACAAAUUACAGAAGAGCUUUCAAGUCACUGAAUCAUAGAAGAAGGGUCGGAAGGGACCUUGUAGAUCUUCUAGUCCGACCCCCUGCCUGGGCAGGAGGAAAACUGGGCUCAAUUGACCCCAGCCAGGAAACGUGACUAUGAAGGGUUUCUGUGUUCUCUACUGUUGCCUGCAGAAUCUCGCACUUCUGCUUUUGCACUGAAAGCCUUUAAUGUGGAACUGGCUCAGGCAGAUUAAAGAUUCUAUAACACAGAAAACUACAGGUUUAAUGCGAAUGCAGUUUUGGAGGAAAGCUGUGGAAGAUAUAUACUGUGAUAACCCACCUCAUCAACCGGUUGCUAUAGAACUAUGGAAAGCUGUCAAAAAACAUCAGUUGACUAAAAUGUGGCUUAUGAAGAUCAUUGAUGAACGAAUUCAUCCUCAUUCAUGUUCCAUGGUCCAACUACAGGAAAAAAAUUUGGAUGAUAGAGCAUAUCGUAACAUCCAAGAGCUUGAAACAUAUGCUGAGAACACUCAGAGCGCUCUUUUAUAUCUCACAUUGGAAAUGUUGGGUGUGAGGGACAUCCAUGCAGAUCAUGCAGCCAGUCACAUUGGGAAAGCACAGGGUAUAGUCACCUGUCUACGAUCAACUCCAUAUCACAUCAACAGAAGAAAGGUUUUUCUUCCUAUGGACAUUUGCAUGUUGCAUGGUGUUUCACAAGAGGAUUUCAUAAGAUGCCAUCAAGAGAAAAAUGUGAGAGACGUAAUUUAUGACAUUGCCAGUCAGGCACACGUCCAUCUAGAACACGCCCGAUCCUUCAGUAAAAAUGUUCCUGGUAAAGCAUUUCCUGCCUUUCUCUAUACAGUUGCAUUAGAGGAUUAUUUACAUAAAAUACAAAAAGUAGAUUUCAACAUAUUCCAUCCAAGCUUACAUAAGAAGAACGUAUUACUACCACUGCAUUUGUAUAUUAGAUCUUGGAAAAAAAUGUAUUAAAAAUGUACUGAGCACAUGA